UCGGCACCUGCUGUCAUAUCGGAGGAAAGAUGGCGUCGUCAGGGACAGCGAGCCUCUUCCUCCAGCGGAUUCCCGGGUCCAUGGCCGUGUUUCUGGCCGUGUUCAGUGUUCUCAUCACGGUGCAGUGCGAUGAGCAGGUCCCGGUCAUCAUAUGGACCAGUGAAGGGGUCUCCAUCCCUCGGCAGGCUCCACCCACUGCAGGUCACAUCGUUGGGCACCAGCAGCUCUCCUCCUACCUGGAGAAGACUCUGAACGUCGGGCCCCGAAACCUGGUGCUGUUCCUUCAGGAUAAGAUGAGUAUUGAAGAUUUUACCAUGUAUGGAGGAGCCUUUGGAAACAAGCAAGAUGGUGUUUUUCCUAAUCUUGAGGGAGCGCUUCAGGCCUCCUCUUCUUCUCUGGUUCUUCCUGCGGUGUCUUGGCCCGCCUCCAACGCUGUGAUUGGUCAGCUUCAGGACCAAUUGGAAACGUCCCCUCUGUACAUGGACCCGGAGACGCUGAGCCAGCUGAGACUGAACGCCUCGUCUCCGGCUCUGCUGGUGUUCAGGCUGCCGUAUGGGACCGGGUCAGAUCUGCUGUCUGCUAAAGACAUUCUCAGUGGAAACGAUGAGGUCAUGGGUCAGGUGAUGAGCAUCAUGAAGUCCCAGUCCAUCCCCUUCACGGCCGUUUAUACCGGCCUGCAGCCCUCCAGGAAGGAAGCGGCGUCCAUGUCUCUGGAGGCGGGGCUUGGUGGAGGACGCUCCCUGCUGCAGUCCAGAGGCGGAUACAGGGACCGGUGGAGGGACCGGGAGCGCCAGCAGCGCGUCAAGGAGCGGCCCGGAGUCUACCCUCCUGUGGAGUUUAAGGAGGACGACAAAACCUGCAUGAUGCUGUGGGCCAAAGGCCUGACGGUGAGCAUUCUGCGGAACAACCACUGGGAGGAGCACGACCUGACGCCAGCCACCUUCGGAGAGGGAGUUAGCCCCAAGCUACACGGCUCCGACUGCGACCAGAGCAAAUCGAGGUUGGUUCUGAACUAUGAAAACGUCCUCGCCCACCGCAGCUUCAAGCUGAUCUUCGUCAUGAGCCAGCGCCAUUACACGGUGUCGGCGCGCCGCUGGUUCACUCUGGACGCCGUGGAGCUGGAGUACGACGGCACCAAAGCCACGUUCAACGGCAGCAGGAACAUCUACGCCCCGGCUGAGUACUCCUACCGCUGCAAGUCCGUCAGCAGCUUCCGCUGGCCGCUGCUCGUCCCGCGCUCCGCCAAAGACCCGGCCAACCAGUGGAGGGUCUCCUUCGACGACUUUCAGAUCCAGGGCUUCAGCUUGAGCGGCAGCGAGUUCUCGUACGCCAGCGACUGCGCGGGGUUUUUCUCGGCUGGGAUCUGGAUGGGCCUGCUGACCAGCCUGCUCAUGGUUCUGGUUCUGACCUACGGCCUGCACAUGAUCAUGCAGCUGCUCACCAUGGACCGCUUCGACGACCCCAAAAGCCCCGGCAUCUCCGUGCCCCAGACGGAGUGACGCAGUCCUCCCACCACAACCAGCCCUCCCAUUCCAUCAUCAUCACUGAAACCUUAAUGUGAAUCCCAGCACUGACGAGUCAAAGUUUAGGUGGUUGAAACAUCCAGAGAUAAUUACUGAUUAUUUAUUAAAUGGAAUAAAAGAUGCUAUUUAUUAUUGUUACUGCUGUGAUUGUUGUGAAGUUCCAGUUUACAUUUGGUUUGUUGUAGAUAUGUGAGAUUAUUACUGGAAACAUUAAACUUGGAUUAUGGAUUAUGUUCAUGACAUUCCAUUGUUGUUGUAUUGUUGCUGUGACUCCAAUAAAACAUCCUAAAGGUG